AAGAAGAAUAACACUUUGAAAGUGCUGCCGCUUCAAUUUUAAAUAAAUGUAUCGCUUUUAAGGGGGUUUAUUCCGUUUUCUCUCCCACCAAAACGACCGAUAAAACUCAUCAGAUUGGAUAGAAAAUAUUUGUUUUAUGAAUAAUGCCGCGUUGAGAAGUGUAGCUAGUUUCCGCUGUUGAGAGCGGCUCUAGCUAACCUGUUUAGCUAGCUGUGAUGUCCUCGCCGUGGACAGAGCGUCAGGGACAGGUGGGAGACUUGAGGAACCAAAGCAGAGAACAGCUCCAAGAACUACUGCUGCGACAGAACACCGUACUCUCGAACAAGAAAUUAAUCGAGACGCUUCCUGACAAAGGGAAGAAGUUGAGGGACUUUGCAGAAAAGAUACGCCUCGCCAUUGAGCACCGUGAUGAAGAAGAAAGGAAGAAGAGUUUGGUGUCAGCCGCCAGAACAGAGUUUCAGUCCAAAUACCAGCAAGCCUUCACUGUGCGACAACUUGCGGUUCAAAGUGAGGUAGCGGCAUCACAGUCCACUGAAGCAUUACCUGUCUGCAUUCAUGCGGAGCAGGACGACAUCACUGUGGGUGGACUUGUCAGCAGAGAGGAUGCUGCUGAAACCAUGGUGACGGCUGCCUCUGGGGCUUCUCUGAACUCUGUUGGGACAAAAGAGGGCGACCUUGCAGAGGCCUUGGAAAGGGUCACAAUCUCUACUCGCACUGGUUUUAGUGGUAAAAACAUGGAUAAGGAGGACAACUACUUUCUCAGGAAGCAGACGUCAAAAAAGCCUCACAUUGUAACAGUCCUUGAAAGGACAGAGAAUACUUCCACCCCUCGUCAUAAAUUCAAACCAAACCAGCUGGCCAACAGAGGCGACAACUCUCCGUCUGGCUCCUCAUCACCCAGUCUGUCGUCUGAGGGGUCGUCUCCGCUCUCGGCGCAGGCCAGGAGGGAGCGUGACAGAAAACACCUGGAUGACAUCACGGCUGCAAAGCUACCUCCUCUCCACCACAGUCCAGCCCAGCUUCUCUCUCUGCAAGAGUCUGCUGACCUGCUGAUUGUACAGACUAAGAAACAGCAGGAGCUCCAGGCCAAGAUGGCAGCACAAAAACUGUCGGAGGGAUUGAAGAUCUGCAUGGACAGCUAUAGUCCUGACAGAGGCCCCAUGGCGGCCUACAGGGAGGUGCAUGAUGGAGCACAGUUCUCCUCAGAAGAAGACUGACCCGGGAAGUUUGUGUGACCUUUGAACCCUGAGAAAACGCAGAUGAUCAGCACCCAAUAGAAAGGGAUAUCACUCCAAGGCCGACAACUCUUGAGAGGACACUCUGCCUUAACAGUGGAUGGAAUUUGAAUGCUACAAAUCUUAUCGCUUAGUUGGUAUCAGGUAUUACAGUUUCCUGCAUGAAUACUCUCAUGUUCUUGUUUCAGGUGCUACAUUUGAAAUAUACAUUUUUUUCUAUUAUGACAAUGAAAUACAAAGUAAACAUCAAACUAUUUAUAUGAGACUAUUUAAAGCAAGCAGCACAAAGUCCUGGCUGAACAGUUUUAGCAACACAAAGCCCUUUUCUUGUCCAAGGUUUUUAUUUAUAUACAAACGAAUAAAUACAUUUCCAUUUAAUUAAAUGGUAUGUGCUUCACUGGAAUAUUGAAUCUAAUAAUGUGUGCAAGGCUCAUAGUAUUUUUCAUGGAAAUAGUGGUAUUGAGAAUAACCUAAAAAAAAGGUGUCCUCUUGAGCCAAAAUUGAACAUAUCAGAAAGUUCAACAUUGUGUGAGUAUGAGUUAUUUGACUGUUAAAAGCAGCAUUUUAUAGUGUUUUCUUAGAGCUCAUAUGCAGGUGGGAUAAGUCAUUGAAGAGUUGCAGCUGAAGGCGCUGCUUGUCUUAAGAUCAUGUGAGGUGUUAUCACGCAGAGAUCAGUGACACGCUCGAUAACGUUAAUCCAGGAGGGAGUAAAAUAUUGAAGCUGGAAGGCCUGAGACAUCUGGACUGCAUUUGGAUGAUGUUGUUGCUGGCCAUGCCGGGCGAUGAUGGGCAGACAGCAGGUUAAUGUAACAAUGCAAAUAGCGUCUCAGCUUUGCUAAUAAUGUCUGUAGAUAAGAUGUGCCAGCUACAGAAGGUACCUUUCCCAUCAUCGCUCAUCCAGCACUUGAACUGCUCAGCUUCUUAAUUCAAACAACCUGAUGCUGAGAGGCGGCGCUUUGAGGAAGACCAGUCUAGGUGAUGAGGGUGGGGUCAUGCGGGUCAGGGUGACGUCUAAAGAUGCCCCAUGAUAACCUUUAGGAAAUGUUGCAGAAAUUAUUUCUAAAGCCCCUUCUGAUUGCUGAUAGGCUCCAGAGUGGCCCGUGUAGAUGAUGUCCAAUAACAAAUCCUCUCUACAGAGAAUCCUCAUUAUGCUGGAAUUAAUCACAGCCCACCUCAGUGACUGUUCCCAAUUAUGGGGCACUUUUUGUUUCUUGCGAUGGUGCACUCAGAAUAAUGUCGUCAAGGAGGAACCAUUCACACGCUUUCUUUCGAAGCUUGUCCACUGAUGAGGUUGUUUAUACUUGUACUUGGGUCCCUGGGCCCCUGUCUCACAUUUGUAAGCACCCCAUGAAGUAGUCUGCAAGUGAUUUGCUCCAGCUCUCGCAUCCGAAAUUACACGUCACGCGGGAAUAGGAAUAAUUUGAUGUUUUGGAGGGGAAAAUGGAAUGCAAUGAUCAAGAACAGUCAGCUCGGUCUUAAAUUAGAUAUAAAGUAUGCAUCAAGUCGGGCCCUCGGCACCAUGAUUGGAUUAUAUCUGCCAGGUUGCAAAGUCUGAGCUCAUGCUUUUUCCACUUGUCAUAUUUUUUUAGGGCACGUGUAGAUGAAAUAAUGUAGCGCACAGCAGCUUUGUGCAGAUGAUGUUCCAGCCUAUCUUCACAUCCUCAUCAGAAACAGCCCUCCCUUUGCUUAUUGCACAAGGCUUGUUUCAAGUGAAGCUGUUUUUCCCUGUUUUAUCAUCUCAAUCACUCAUGUGUUUUACUGAUGAAUUGUCGAAUUUCUUGUGCAGUACAUUUCUCAAUCCGGGCAGGUGCUGGCAAUGAAGUUCUAUCUGGAAGAAAAUACUGGUCUGCUUUUUCUUCACAGUUUAUGUCUGCAGAUAUGUCACGAUGAGACGUGUGUGUGAGAAGAAUCCUGCUUGUGAUAUGAGCAUGCUGAAGAUUUUGCAGCUGUUUGGCCGUGUGUAUAUUCAAACAGUCAUAUGAAUGACUUCUUUACAUGUUUCGGAUAACUUCUCUACCCCCCCCCCACCUUGACCAGAUUCCACCAGCUUCUUUUAGCGUUCAAAUAGUUUGCCACACACAGGCUUGCAUGCUUCACAUUGAGAAAUGUGUUUUUUUUUUUGGAGCAUGAAAAAUUCCAGCCAUCUUGCAGAGGUUAUAAUCCAUCAGUCUUCUAUUUUAAAACUAGUUUUGUCAGAUUAAUGCAUUAGUGCAGCGAUUUUCAAAUUGUGAGCAAGGUGCCAGAAGACUUCUGGGCUGGGAUUUGCAGCAGCUUGAAGAAAAUAUAUUUUUCAAACCUCAAGACAAUAUGAAAAUAUUUUUUGUUUCUGCAUUUCUAAUCUUCAUAAAAACAGUGGCUAUAGAAAGUGAACACACUUCUACUUAACUACUAAAAGGACCACCUUUUGCUUUAAUGGCAUCAGUCUUUUUGCAGCAAGAUGUCAGCAUGGCACAUCUUCUUCCACUCAUCUUUGCAAAAACGCUCCAAAUCAGACGACUUGAAUUGUAGAAGUCAUACGUCUUUAUUUUUUUUGUAAAAGAAAGAACCACAGCAAUAAACUUCAGAAAGACUGUUAUCUGUCACUACAGCGGUACAAGCGAAAUUGUGCAAUCAUCCGUCCGUACAUACACAACAUACAAUACAAUAUGACGGGGGUAGACAGGACAGGAAGAUUG